AUGGAUCAAAUAUUAAGUCCAGGUUUUUCAAUACCAAGUAUUGGUACUCCAUUACAUCAAAUGGAGGCAGAUCAACAAAUUGUUGCAAACCCUGUUUAUCAUCCCCCAACAUCAACACAACAUGCACACGAUACAAAUAUGCAGAAUGGACACGGGUUAUCAAGUAGCGGAAAUAAUAUAUUUGGUCAUGAUAUCAAUAAUAUAUCAUUGAUAGAUAAUGUUUCAUCCACAAAUAAUGGAAAUUCCAUGGGACAGCAUCAACCAUCAUUGCCGAUACCGCAGAAGCAAAUGCAAUCAUACCAGCCUUCGUACCAAAGCACAACAAGCAGCAUGGUGAACCCAGCGCCACAAAGUCAAAUGCAGCCUUUAACACCACAAUGCCUUAUGUCACCUAUGGUUCCUAUGGGUGAGAGAUCAGAUAAUGUGAACAGCAUACAUCAGGCGAUGGGUCCAGCCACUCCUAUGACUCCAAUGACACCAGGUUCAGCCGACCCAGGAAUUGUACCACAGUUGCAAAACAUAGUAUCUACAGUAAAUUUGUGUUGCAAAUUAGAUUUGAAAAAGAUAGCAUUACACGCUCGUAAUGCUGAAUAUAAUCCGAAACGUUUUGCAGCUGUCAUAAUGCGUAUACGCGAACCUCGCACUACAGCAUUGAUAUUUUCAUCCGGGAAAAUGGUGUGUACUGGAGCAAAGAGUGAGGACGACUCUCGUUUAGCAGCACGCAAAUAUGCGCGUAUCAUACAGAAGCUUGGUUUUCCUGCUAAAUUUUUGGAUUUUAAGAUUCAAAAUAUGGUGGGUUCUUGUGAUGUAAAGUUUCCUAUAAGACUAGAAGGCCUGGUAUUAACUCAUUGCAACUUCAGUUCAUAUGAACCGGAAUUAUUUCCAGGUUUGAUUUAUCGUAUGGUCAGACCUCGCAUCGUUCUACUGAUUUUUGUAUCAGGGAAAGUAGUCUUAACUGGUGCAAAAGUUAGACAAGAAAUAUAUGAGGCCUUCGAUAAAAUUUUUCCAAUUUUAAAAAAGUUUAAAAAACAAUCGUAAACUAAUAUAAUGCAAUAGAGAACUACAGCAGCUAAAGUUCGUUAAGAAUAAAUUAGAAAAAUAUUAAUAAUUAAAGCAUUAAUACUUAAAAAUUUUGUAUGUAAAAGACAACCAAAAAUAAAAAAAAAGAAAAAGAACUUUGUGAAAUAAGUCCGGUUUGUCUAAAUUGUCUGUCCUUAAUCGGCUGGUGUACACUGGCCACGGAUUGGAAUUUGAAAAUUCAUGUCCUACUCAUGACGGAAAAGUAUUUGUAAAAUACAAUUUAGAUUUAUUAAUUUAAAAAACGAAAUAUAUACCAAUAUAGCACCAACGAAAAAUGUUAGAAUUUAUACAAAAUCCUCAUUAUGAAUUUUAUAUCUUUAGCUAUGUACUUUUUAUGUUAGGCUACGGAAAAGUUUCGAGUUAUGUAAAACAUAAGCAAAAGAAAAGAAUACUUUGUAUAUUACAAAUCAUUUUGCUCUUUCAUUCUAUUAAAACUGUUUGAUUUACUUUAAAUUAAUGAAUAUUUUUGCACGUUUUUGCUAUGCUCUUUAAAUCCUGUUAAAGGACUUAUAUAAUGAUAACGUUAAAUA